AUGCUACGCAAACUCACUCUUGACCAGAUCAACGAUUGGUUCACCAUCGGCAAGACCGUGACCGAUGUGGAGCUUCUGGGCACCCCGCCUGCCCUGCCUGCCGAGGCGGCCCGGGAUGAGGCCUUGCGCUCCGACGCCGCCUCCGGGCCCGUGGCCCAGGCUCCGCUCCGGCCUGUCGUGGCCUUGGGGAGGCCACCCAGUCAAAAGAGCUCAGAAAUGGAGUACAUUAACAAAUACCGACAGCUGGAAGCACAAGAAUUUGACAUGUACGGCAGUGCUCAUCCGAACAGUGGGCCAGGUCCUAGGCCUCCGUUGGCUAAAUUAAGCAAUGUGACCUGCAUACCAGAGACAACCUAUAAAUAUCCUGAUUUGCCCAUAACCCGGUGUAAGGAAGAGGUUAUUUCUCUGAUAGAAAGCAAUUCUGUGGUGAUCAUCCACGGAGCCACAGGGAGCGGUAAGAGCACUCAACUCCCGCAGUACGUCCUGGAUCACUGCAUCCAGUGCUCCACCUACUGCAACAUUGUGGUGACGCAGCCCCGGAAAAUCGGGGCCAGCAGCAUUGCCAGAUGGAUCAGUAAAGAGAGAGCCUGGACUCUGGGGGGCCUGGUGGGCUAUCAGGUAGGCUUAGAGAAGAUAGCAACGGAAGACACCAGGUUAAUUUAUAUGACAACCGGAGUCCUGCUUCAGAAAAUCGUUAGUGCCAAGAGUUUGAUGGAGUUCACACAUGUGUUCAUUGAUGAAGUGCACGAGAGAACUGAAGAAAUGGAUUUCUUGCUGUUGGUGGUCCGCAAACUUUUAAGAACAAAUUCACGUUUUGUGAAGGUCAUCCUCAUGUCGGCCACCAUCAACUGUAAAGAGUUUGCAGAUUACUUUGCAGUUCCUGUUCAAAACAAAAUGAAACCUGCGCACAUUUUUGAAGUGGAAGGCAAGCCCUAUUCGAUUGAGGAAUAUUAUCUCAAUGACCUGGAGCACAUCCACCACAGCAGGCUCUCCCCUCAUCUCCUGGAGGAGCCCACGAUCACAAAGGAUGCGUAUCAAGUGGCUGUCUCCCUCAUUCAGAUGUUCGAUGACUUGGACAUAAAGGAGAAUGGGAACAAGAGCUGGUCGGGCACUCACUUUGUGUCUGAGCGGAGCAGUGUGCUGGUGUUUUUGCCGGGUCUUGGUGAAAUAAACUACAUGCAUGAACUCCUCACAAACAUGGUUCAUAAAAGGUUACAGGUCUAUCCACUCCACUCAAGUGUGACUUUAGAGGAGCAGAAUAAUGUGUUUCUAAGUCCAGUGCCUGGGUACAGAAAGAUUAUUCUGUCCACCAACAUUGCUGAGAGUUCCGUAACUGUCCCAGAUGUCAAAUAUGUUAUCGAUUUCUGCUUGACCAGAACGCUCAUCUGUGAUGAAGAUACAAAUUACCAGAGUCUGCGGUUGAGCUGGGCGUCAAAGACCAGCUGCGAUCAGAGGAAAGGCCGCGCGGGGCGAGUGUCUAAGGGCUACUGCUACAGGCUGGUGCACAGGGACUUCUGGGACAGUGCCAUCCCGGACCACGUCAUCCCCGAGAUGCUGCGCUGUCCGUUAGGAAGCACAGUAUUGAAAGUGAAAUUACUUGACAUGGGCGAGCCAAGAGCUUUGCUGGCCACUGCCCUGUCUCCGCCUAGUCUGGGGGAUAUCGAACGCACCAUCCUUCUGCUGAAGGAGGUUGGCGCCCUGGCAGUCAGCAGCCAGAGAGUGGACGAGAACCCCCAUGAUGGCGAGCUGACCUUCCUGGGAAGGGUCUUGGCACAGCUCCCUGUCCACCAUCAGCUUGGUAAACUCAUCGUCCUUGGGCACGUGUUUGGCUGUCUGGAUGAGUGUCUCAUCAUAGCGGCCGCACUCUCGCUGAAGAACUUUUUCGCGAUGCCUUUUCGACAACAUCUGGAUGGAUAUAGGAACAAAGUGAAUUUCUCAGGUGACAGUAAGAGCGACUGCAUUGCCCUUGUGGAGGCCUUUAAAACUUGGCAGGCUUGCAGGCAGAGCGGAGAGCUGCGCCACCCCAAGGAUGAGCUUGACUGGGGACGGUCACAUUACAUUCAAAUCAAGAGAAUCAGAGAGGUGGCUGAAUUAUAUGAAGAACUGAAGACUCGGAUCUCACAGUUCAACAUGUACGUGGACUCUCGGCGACCUGCCAUGGACCACGAGUACAUCUACAAGCAGCGGUUCAUCCUCCAGGUUGUCCUCGCAGGGGCCUUUUAUCCAAAUUACUUCACUUUUGGGCAGCCAGAUGAAGAAAUGGCAGUCAGGGAGCUGGCUGGAAAUGACCCGAAGACGACGGUUGUGUUGAAGCACAUCCCUCCCUAUGGAUUUCUCUACUACAAACAGCUGCAGUCUCUCUUUCGACAGUGCGGUCAAGUCAAGUCCAUCGUGUUUGACGGUGCAAAAGCGUUUGUGGAGUUUUCUCGUAACCCGAUAGAGAGGUUUAAAACGCUUCCUGCAGUCUACAUGGCCAUCAAGAUGUCUCAGCUGAAAGUCUCAUUGGAAGUCCGUGUCCACUCUGCGGAGGAGAUUGAGGGCAAGGUUCGAGGAGGGGCUGUGUCCAAGCUCAGGAACACCAGGGUGAAUGUGGACUUCCAGAAGCAGACAAUGGACCCCAUGCAAGUCUCAUUUAAUACCCUGGACAGGUCGAGGUCACUCACAGAUCUCAUCCUGACUGUUGAUGUCACAGAGGUGGUUGAAGUGGGCCACUUUUGGGGAUACAGGAUUGAUGAAAAAAACGCAGAGGUCCUAAAAAAGCUCACCGCUGAAAUAAACCAGCUGAAGUUGGUGCCCUUGGCUAUCCACCCUCACCCAGACUUGGUCUGUCUGGCACCUUUUGCUGACUCUGAUAAAGAGAGCUACUUUAGAGCGCAGAUCCUGUAUGUUUCUGGAAAUUCUGCUGAGGUAUUCUUUGUCGACUAUGGCAACCGAGCGCAUGUGAACCUGGAUCUCCUGAUGGAGAUUCCUUGUCACUUUCUGGAGAUACCGUUUCAGGCCUUGGAAUUUAAGAUCUGCCAGAUGCGGCCAUCAGCCCAGUCCCUGGUGUGCGGUGAGCGCUGGAGCUGGGGGGCCAGUCAGCAGUUUGCCUCGCUGGUGUGCGGCUGCGAGCUCGUCGUCAAGGUCUUUUCCGUGGUGCACAGCGUCAUGCACGUAGACGUGUUCCGGUGUUCCGGGACCCAGGAUGCUGUCAAUGUGAGGGACAUCCUCAUCCAAGAGGGCUACGCCGAGCUCACGGAGGAGUCCUAUGAGUCCAAGCAAAGCCACGAAGCUCUUAAAAGUCUCUUUUCCAAAUCAAUGGAGACUAGUUAUCUGGUAGACACGCCCAUGCCAUCGCCUGUGAAAGAUGAUGAAAAGUACCUGAUCCAGGUUCUGCUGGAGAGCUUCUCGGCCAACAAAUUGGGUGCCCCAAACUGUAAGGCGAUCCUGCAUGGCCCUUUUAACCCGUAUGAACUGAAGUGCCACAGUCUGACCAGGAUAUCCAAGUUCAGGUGCGUCUGGAUUGAAAAGGAAAGCAUUAACUCUGUCAUCAUCAGCGACGCCCCUGAAGACCUCCACCAGAGAAUGCUGCUGGCGGCUUCUCUUUCAGUCAAUGCGACCGGGUCCACCAUGCUGCUGAGAGAGACCUCUCUGAUGCCCCACAUCCCAGGCCUGCCGGCACUCCUCAGCAUGCUCUUCUCCCCAGUGAUGGAGCUAAGGGUUGAUCCGGAUGGAAAAUGCUACACUGGAGUCCUCUGUGGUUUGGGAUGGAACCCCACCACAGGGACCCCUAUCCUACCAGAGCACGACAUUGAGCUAGCCUUUGAUGUUCAGUUCAAGGUGGAGGACAUCAUGGAGAUUAAUAUUCUCAGGGCAGCUAUUAACAAGCUAAUAAGUGAUGGACCAAAUGGAUCUAAGUAUCUUGGGCCAGAAAGAAUUGCUCAGUUACAGGAUAAUGCUCGUCAGAAACUUCUAGGCUUGUUCUGUCAGGUGAAGCCAAGAGAGAGAAUUGUCCCUAAGUGGCAUGACAAGCCGUAUGAUUGGAAUCAGGUUGACCCAAAGCUGGUCAUGGAGCAGGCUGACCGGGAGGGCAGCCGUGGCAAGAACACCUUUCUCUACCAGCUCCAUAAGCUGAUCGUGCUCAACACCUAG